AUGAGUGACUGGGACCACGAGAAAAUUUUACGCUUAAUAAAUGAAUAUGAAGGAAAGCCUGAAUUAUGGGAUUGUGGACAGGAGGAUGUUUAUGUCAGCAAAUGGUUUGCAUUUGCAAGUUUUGCAUUUCUGAUGAAUAAGAAUAAAGUGAAAGAAACUGUCAACACUGAAACUGGUUCAAAUAUUGGAAAUGAAAUUGAAGCCGUAAGCGAUGGUGAAUCAGAGGUGGACGUUUCAAAAGAAGCAGAAUCCACAAACGAUGUAACUGCGGAUUUGGAAGAAGAAUUAACGCUGAGACAAAAGACCAAAGAGACGCCAACUCGCAAACGCAAACUAUUUACAUCUCCAAGGAAACAAACAUUAAAAAAAAGUGUGCAGCAGGAAGAUCCGAGAGUAGCUGCUGCAUAUGACAUUCUUAAAAAUGUGUCGAAUACUCCAAAGGAUGAAUGUUUUACUUUUGGUCAACAUAUUGCCACCAAACUACAAAAAUUUGAUAACAGAGUUCGCUCUAUUGCGAUGCAUCUAAUGAACAAUAUUAUUUUUGACGCUGAGAUGGGGAAAUAUAAUGAUUACCAGAAGACAUCUGUUGAGACACACUUUCAAUCAAGAAUACCGAAUAUAGAUGCAUCAUCACCAUCACUAUAUGCUCAGGAAUCAUCAUCUUCAUCAUAUGUUCAUAUGCCAUCACCUAGUUAUUCUGCUCAAUCUUAUCAAUACAAUCAGACAGAGACUUCAGAGACACAAACUCCUUUGCAAGAUUAUCUACAUACUUUCGAUGUUAACACUUAA